AUGGCAAGUACAAAUCCAGGGAGUGUAAUGGAGAUUGAUGUGGUUCCACAUCAAAUUGAGAUUGGCAAAUCUGUAUUUGUUCACGCAUUUUGGUGUUUGAAGGCGAUGAUUGAUGGCUGGCAGCAUGCUCGCCCGGUCAAUUCAAUUGAUAGUACAUUGCUCAAAGGAAAGUACAAUGGAAAGUUGCAGGUUGCGGUGGGAGUGGACGCUAACAACCACCAAUAUCCAAUCUGUUUUGCCCUCGUGGAUGAGGAGACUACGGAGAACUGGUCCUGGUUCCUACGUCUUCUACGAAGACAUGUAUGCCGAGAGAGGCUUGGCGUUUGUAUCAUAUGGGACCAUGCCCCCGGGAUCCUCGCUGCAGUGAAUGACGAGUGUAACGGCUUCACUGAACCUUUUGGUGUUCACAGAUACUGCCUCCACCAUGUGAGAAGCAACUUCUACAAACAUCACCCGGGAAAUGAGUUGAAGAUGUACAUGUGGCUAGCAGGCCGAACACCACAAAUAAGAAAGCACGAGGCUUACAUGAAACAGAUUUCCAGCAUUUCUCCCCAAGCGUUGACAUAUUUGCGGGAGAUAAAUCCUGCCUUGUGGACCAUCUGUCAUGAAACAGGCCACGCUCGUUACGGUCAGGCCACUACCAACGUGAUAGAGAGUUUCAAUGGCAACAUUCGACAAGCUCGCUUCCUACCGGUCACCGCAAUGAUGGAAUUCCUCUUUUACAAAACUGUAAGGAUGGUGAACAAGGAGAGAAACGCUGCUCUAGAAAGCAUGCAAGAAGGUCAUGAACUCUGCCUACGAGCGAGGAGAAUGUUGGAGACCAAUAUUGAGAGGGCUAACGCCCACCGCGUUGAAACAUUUCACCGGCAAACCGGUUUAUACUUCAUAAAGACGCGUAGGUACAGGUUCAAAGGUGCGGAAAAGGGCGAAAACACACAGGUCGUGGACAUCAAAGGGGGUACUUGCACGUGCGGGAAAUGGGCCUGUCAUCGCCUUUCAUGUUCUCAUUUGAUAUCUGGGUGUAAUCGUAAUUCCAUAAACUGGAAACAGUGGAUUGGUCUUUACCACUACACUCCUGUUUUGCAAGAUAUGUGGGAGCCUAUGAUAUAUCCGUUACCAGUAGCGGUUAUUGGGAUGUGCAACUCCCAUUAG